UGAGAACCUGCCGACCAGCGCCUCCUUAUCCACCCACAUGACAGCCGGAGCGAUGGCCGGGAUCCUGGAGCACACGGUCAUGUACCCGGUAGACUCAGUGAAGGCCUUGUCUUCCAGGGGUGUGGAUGAGGGACAUCCUUCUGACACCUGGAGCUGAUCACUGCACUUCCUGCUUCCAGGGCCCACCGUGGCUUCAGCUGUGUUUUCUGAAGUGUGUUCUGCACGGUGGAACUGGUUAUCCAUUGAGCCAGGGCUUCCAUUGCCAAAGACAAACGUUUAAGAAGUGCCUUGUUAAACCACGUUCAACAGGCUGCUUUCCUGAAGAUCUGCUUUCGGAGAACUUUUACUACGCUGAUGGGCAUUAUGCAUUUUCUAAGAGGGGAGAAUUAAAGUGCACAGAGUGGGAAUUUGCUCUAAGGAAACAGGAGAGCCAUGCAGCUAGGCCUUGAGCAGGAAGUGAAACCCAGGACAGGAAAGGCGGUUUGUGAAAUUCUCUGUCUCCGUUUUUGUUUUUGUUGUGCGUUUUCAAUCUCCGCCCUCUCUUCAUACAUCCUACUUCAUUAAAUUUCGCUUUCCUUCUCUCCACCCUCACCCCCUGACGUUUUGUUUUUGAAUGUGGUAAAACACACAAGAUAUCAAAUACCCGUCUUCAUUAUUUUUAAGUGUACAGUUCAGGGCCCUGCAGUACAUUCACAUUGUUGGGCUAACAUCACCGUCCUCCAUUUUAAGAAGUACAACUUCUGUCCCUAUUAAAACCAAAACUCGGUCCCUAUGAAACAACCAUCCCUCUUCCUCCUCCCUUCAGCCCUUGGCAACCACUGUCUACUCUCUGUCUCUAUGAUUCUGACUACGCUACGUACCCAUAUAAGUGGAAUCAUACAGGAUUUGUCCUUUUGUCUCUGGCGUGUUUCACUUAGCAUCCAUGGCCUCGAGGUUUAUCCAUGUUGCAGCAUGUGUCAGAAUGGCCUUCCUUCUUAAGGCUGCAUAAUGUUCCAUUAUACAGAUAUGCUACAUUUUGCUUGUCUAUUCCUUGAACACUUGCGUUGUUUCCACCUACCCCUGACUUUUUCUUCUCUGGUCCACAAGCAGAUAGAAAAUGCCCAGCUCUGUGUGGUACAUUUCACAGGCAGAGUCACUCAAAAGGAAAAAGAGAAACUAAACGAACUGCUUAUCUUCUUUCGGGCUCUAGCCUUUUCUGCCUCCCUUCUUGCCCGUCUGCCUCCGGCGUCUCUCAGCCUUUCUUCUGAGGAAGCUGCCAUGACUGUAACGGUGUAGCUUGGUCAUUCCUCAUCUUUCCUCUGAGCCUUGGAACCCUGGGGUGUCCGUGUCAUUCUGCUCUUAGCUCACACUUUCCUUGUUUCCUCAUCAACUUUUCCUCUGUGUUCCGGUACCUGACCCCGAGGGAGUGCUCUCUGCAGGCAGGUUGAAGAAUCAUGGUGCAUCAGGACUAAAGAGGCUCUGGCCCCAAACCUGGCCACUGUAGCCUUGACUGGGUCCUCUGCGCUUAUGGGCCACUUCCCUCUGUUCCAGACACGAAUGCAGAGUUUGAAUCCAGAUCCCAAAGCCCAGUACUCAAGCGUCUAUGGAGCCCUCAGGAAAAUCAUGCGGACUGAAGGCUUCUGGAGGCCCUUGCGAGGUCUAAACGUGAUGAUGAUGGGCGCAGGGCCGGCCCACGCCAUGUAUUUUGCCUGCUACGAAAACAUGAAAAGAACUUUAAAUGCCGUUUUCCACCACCAAGGAAACAGCCACCUAGCCAACGGGAUAGCUGGGAGUAUGGCCACACUGCUCCACGAUGCAGUAAUGAAUCCAGCAGAAGUUGUGAAGCAGCGCAUGCAGAUGUACAACUCGCCCCACCGGUCGGCCCUCAGCUGCAUCCGGACAGUUUGGAGGACUGAGGGCUUGCGGGCCUUCUACCGGAGUUACACCACGCAGCUGGCCAUGAACGUUCCCUUCCAGUCCAUCCACUUCAUCACCUAUGAGUUCCUGCAGGAGCAUGUCAACCCUCACCGGGGCUAUAACCCACGGUCCCAUAUCAUCUCAGGAGGGCUGGCCGGGGCCCUCGCCGCGGCCGCCACCACCCCCCUGGACGUGUGUAAGACCCUCCUCAACACUCAGGAGAACAUGGCCCUCAACUUGGCCAACAUCAGUGGCCGGCUGUCGGGCAUGGCCAACGCUUUCCGGACAGUGUACCAGCUCAACGGCCUGCCUGGCUACUUCAAAGGCAUGCAGGCCCGUGUUCUCUACCAGAUGCCUUCCACUGCCAUUUCCUGGUCCGUCUAUGAGUUUUUCAAGUACUUCCUCACCAAGCACAAGCUGGAGAAUCGAACUCCAUACUGAAGGAACAGGCGGUGGGCAGUGGUUCCAGAAUCUUUUAUUUUUAAAAGGCUUUCCCUACCUGCUGCCAUUCCCUUGCCCGCACACCGAGAUCAGUUUUGCAGGGUGUUUGCAGGGUGGGCCUACCGCUCCCUGACACCUUACAGAAAGGAGAGGAUGGGACAGCCGCUUACCAAGAGGCCGUCCGCAGGCACAUCCAAGGUGGUGGUAGGUAGGGAAGGACUUUGGAAGGGGAGCAAGAAAUUGCUUUUUCUCUUCCUCCCCUAAGAGGAGGGUAGCUUUUCUGCUUCACCGUGGCAGGCUCUUCCCCUAGAAUUGUAGAUCUCACAGGUGGGAAGAAAAUGUGCAGUGACUGAAAACAUUAAAGCAAAAAAACAAAAACGAAAAGGAUAUAAAAGUUCCGUACACGAUAUAAAAGGGAUGGAUAAUGUUUAUCCUUUAUUUUUCUAUGUAGAGGUUUUUGGAUUUGUGUGUGUGUGUCCAUGUGUGUGUAUGAAUCAGUGUGACAGCUGGGACUACAAAGCUGUGUUGUGUUUUUUUUUUUAAUAGAGGGCUGAAUGCUUCCAUUUGGGUUAAGUAAAAGGCACCAAAGUAAUAAAUUGCUGGAUCUGACCUAAAAUUAUGUUGAGACCCCAGAUGGGAAAUUUCACUUGAAUGUAAAAUAAUAAACAUAAGUUUAUAUUUUGAA